GACCCUAAAGUCACUUAGGAAGUUUCUCAUGUCGGCCCCGUUCGCCGUCGGUUCUGUGCGGGAGCUUGUUUUUCACUCAGCUUGGAGUCGGGAGAGUAGCGGCGGCGUCUAAUUGGGUUUUCAGGAUACCUGUUCGCCUGUUUGUUUGUGAAUCACUACCUGGAACUACCUUAAGUCUGAAAAUAGUUUUAAUUAUAAAAAAUAAAAAAUGGACGCGCAUGUUGCUUCCCAACAGGCAGCAGAAAACUCCUUUCCAGCUGAAACAACAGAACAACCUACCAGAAUGACAAGAAUACAGAUUCUCACUUUAAUUUCGUUGGCAUCUGUUAAUUUCAGUUCAAUGAUCUGCUACUCUAUAUUGGGCCCCUUUUUCCCUAAUGAGGCUGUAAAGAAGGGAGCCAGUCAGACUGUGGUUGGUCUAAUAUUUGGGUGCUAUGCUGUCUGCAAUUUAAUAGGUUCUAUGGUGAUGGGAAGAUAUAUUGUCCAGAUUGGAGCAAAAUUUAUGCUAAUCGCAGGACUUUUUGUAUCGUCAGUGUGCACCAUCAUGUUUGGAUUACUCGAUCGGGCCCCCGCGGGGGCCCCCUUCAUUAGCCUGUGCUUUAUAGUGAGGUCCGUCGACGCCGUGGGCUUCGCUGCCGCCAUGACCUCCACUUUUGCCAUGACGGCGAAAAUUUUCCCAAACAAUGUGGCGACUGUUUUGGGAAGCUUGGAGAUUUUCACCGGGCUCGGGCUCAUUCUGGGGCCUCCUGUGGGCGGCUGGUUCUACCACUCCUUUGGAUACGAAGUCCCCUUUUUGCUUCUCGGAUGUCUGCUUCUGAUCAUGGUUCCUUUCAACAUUUAUGUGUUGCCCUCCAUUGAGGCUGAACCAUCCAAAGACUCGUUCUUUAGACUGCUCUUCCAUGGAAAAGUCCUGCUGAUUUGCUUCGUGAUAGGAACGCUAAGUGCAGGGCUGGGGUUCAUUGAUGCCACCUUGUCGCUGUUUGCCAUGAAAACGUUUAAUCUCUCAUCUGGCUACGUUGGACUAAUAAUGAUCGGUUUGUCCUUGCCGUAUUGUCUGGCGUCCCCUGUGAUUGGUUAUUUCACAGAUAAAUAUCCUGGAACGAGGAUAGGAUUCACAGUGACAGGAGGAGUCAUCACUGCUGCUUGUUUCUUCCUGCUCGGUCCUGCGCCGUUCUUUCACAUCAAGAGUCAGCUGUGGUUGCUGGUCCUCAUGCUCGGCCUGAUUGGAUUUUCUCUGGGCAUGACUGCAAUCCCCACAUUCCCUGAGAUCAUCACAUGCGCACACGAACAAGGGUUUGAAGAGGGACUGAGCACUCUCGGAAUGGUGUCUGGUUUGUUUGGUGCGUUUUGGUCCACAGGGAUGUUUUACGGUCCCAUAGUGGGCGGCCUUAUCACACAGCGCCUGAACUUUGAAUGGGCGGCGACAGUCCAGGGUGCCAUGGGACUCUUAGCUGCCUUACUUCUCCUGGCUUACUCUCUCUGUAAGAGAAAUCGACAAAGGCUGCGAGAAGAUGAUCAACAAUCGGAUGAAAACGCUCCUCUCCUGAACGGAUGAAUCCCUCUGCCAGACAUUAAAGGGAAAAGCAGUGAUUCUUCUCGACACGAGGGAAAGCUUUUGUUGCGUUCUUCUUGCAGGAGAAUUGUAAUGUUGGUGUUAGCGGUCUUAGCAUUCUGCAGCACAUGACUUGGAUUUCAUGCUGAGCUAAAGCUCAUCAGGAUCUAUUAACACAUUCCUGGGAAUAUUGAAGAAAAUUGUAUUUCUUCAAUAUUACCAUUGUAUUUGAGAGAAUUGUAUUUGAAAUGUUUUGUACAGGUCAUACCUGUUCUUAAUGGGCGAAUGUAAUGUAACGUGCAAUAAAACCGAUCUGACAAUG